AUUCCGCUAUUGGUGGAAACAAACUUGUAACUCAGUUACGCAAAAAAUGUUUUAUAACUGUUGGUGUUGUUGUGACUUGUAGCUCGUCGGUCUCCUUCGGACAUUAAACAGCUUCUUCCCCCCCGCACGACCUGCAGGAUGUCCCGGGUUCCCGCGGUGAGGCUGGCCGGCGGCCUGGAGGUGCGCCGCGUGCUGAACGGCAUGUGGCAGGUGUCCGGCGCGCACGGCGCCGUGGACGCGCAUAAAGCAGUGGAGGCCAUGCAGGCGUACGUGGACGCCGGCCUCACCACCUUCGACAUGGCAGAUAUUUAUGGGCCUGCAGAGGAAAUAUUUGGACGCUUCAACAGCCAGCGCAAAUCCUCCGGGAAAGACACAGCUGUGCAGAGUCUGACCAAAUACGUGCCAAGACCAGAACCAAUGAACCGCAAGGUGGUGGAGAAGGCACUGCGUCGCUCCAUGACCCGGAUGCAGGUCGACCGUCUGGACUGUGUUCAGUUCCACUGGUGGGACUACAAAGACAAACGAUACCUGGACGCACUGGGACACCUCUCCGACCUGCAGCAGGAGGGACUCAUACAGGAGCUCGCCCUCACUAACUUUGACACCCAGCGGUUGGAGGAGAUCACCAGCAGAGGCAUCCGCAUCUCAAGCAACCAGGUUCAGUACUCUCUGAUCGACCAGAGACCUGCAGCCAAAAUGGAGAAGUUCUGUCUGGCUAACGACAUUCAGCUCCUCACCUACGGCACUCUGGCGGGCGGUCUCCUCUCAGAGCGUUAUCUGGGGAAGGCGGAGCCUCAGUCCAGGGCGGAGCUCUACACGGCGUCCCUCUCGAAGUACAAGAACGUGAUCAACUCUUGGGGCGGCUGGAGCCUCUUUCAGGACCUCCUUGUCGCCCUGGAGACGGCUGCCAGGAGACACGACUGCUCGGUGGCCAGCGUGGCGACGCGUUACGUGCUGGAUCGCCCCGCAGUGGGCGGGGUCAUCGUCGGCUGCCGGCUGGGCGUCGCGGGGGCGGGACAACACAUCGCUGACAGCCUGCGUAGCUGCAGCCCCGACUUGAAGUUGACAGCGGAGGAUCAUGCCGCCAUCGCAGCAGUGACGCAACGCUCCAGGGACCUCAUGGCGCUCAUCGGGGACUGCGGGGACGAGUACAGGAGCUAAAGGGGGAGGGGACAUCUCACACAGGACAGCCCCAUAAGGGGAGAAGGGACCAAAUACAGAUGAGAAUUUAAUUCAGUACCAGGCUGAAGUUUGGACACAUUUUCUCUCAAUUCAACGGUAAAAUGUGCCCAAAUGUUUGACUGGUACUGUAUUUACAACCUCUAGAUAUGUGUGCUUUACCCACUGAAUAUUUGAUGCUUUUAAACGCAUUGAACACGUGUUUUUAAUGUGGGAGAGCAGCUUCUCAGUCAGGCUUUAAAUACACAAACGCACAGUUUACACUUAAGUGUAGUUUGACUUUAAAUAAAAGAUUCAACAGAAUAUUGA